AUGGAAAAUUACAUGAGCUUCAGAAAAGAUGGUGAUGAAAUGGUGUCUUACAUGAGCUUCAGUCGAGAGCUUGCAUGUCGUUCUCACAUCCCUCACGAAGCCCCGCCCCCUCAUCAAGCUCCGCCCCUCAUCAAGCUCCGCCCCUCAAGCUCCGCCCUCAUCAAGCCGCCCCCCUCAUCAAGCUCCGCCCCCAUCAAGCUCAUCAAGCCCCGCCCCCUCAUCAAAGCUCCGGCUCCCCCUCAAAGCCCGCCCCCUCAUCAAGCUCCGCCCCCUCAUCAGACAUCACAACAUAUGCAACAGCACAACCGGGUCCCAUGUGUGCAGCUGAAGGCACCGCCCGCGCCCAGACUUACUGAUCGAAAUAGUCCAUUGUACUAA